UCAGUUUAAAUUAAUUUACUAUUACCUUCUUACAUUUCAAAAAUUAGUUUAUAGGCGAAUAAAAAAUAACAAAUGUAAAGAAUGUGCGAUGGAAGAAGAAUUAAAUGCAGACAUUAUAAAAACGACGCAGUUAUCGUUGGGAAAAUUUGUGAAACGACCUCCACUUACCGAGAAGUUAUUAAGGAAACCGCCAUUUAGAUUUUUACACGAUGUUAUUAUAACGGUUCUGAAAACUACUGGAUUCUUUGAUGGACUCUUUGAACAAGAUGAAUUAAUAUCUGACAAUGUAAAAGAUAGAGAAAGUAAAAUACAAUUCCUAAAUAAGGUCAUAUGGGUCUUAGGUAUUGCAACUGGAAAAACCUUAACAGUUAAGCCUUCUAAAAUAGUUGCUGGACAAGAACCAGCAAAAACUAAUGAGUUACUACAAUGUCUAGGACAAGCUUUAGAAAAACAACUGUCUUCAGCAGAGGCUGUUCAAAAGUUUAAAGAAAAUAUAAAAACCCAGGACACUAAUAAAAGUAGUAAAAACACUACCAAAGUUGUAAAGAAAAAUCAAGAUGAUAAAAAAACUCCUUCAAUAAAAAGUAAUAAAAGUGAUAGCCCAGACAAAGAUCAAAAAGCUGUUCCCAAAUUGCGAAUAAAAGAGACUGCAGUUAAAGAAUCGCCACCGAAAAAACAAUCUAUACCAAAUGUCAAGAAAAAUGUUAUUAAGAAUGUACCAGAUCUGAAAACAAAUAGCAAAAAAAUUAAACAAGAAAAAUCUCCAAAUUUGAAGCAAGUUAAUGAACCAGUAAAAGGUAUUGAAAAAGGUAGUGGUGACAAUGUUACAAAAGUUAAUGAAAUACAAAAUUCUACAGACACUAAUACAAAUGAUGACAAAGAACCGAAAACACAACAUUUUGAUAUAGAAGAUCAAAUAAAUAUUGACAUUGCAAAUGAGCCAUUACCUGAAAAGUCUGAGACAGAACUGAAAUCAUUAAAAAGUGAAAUUCAAGAUGAUAAAGACAGUUUGGAAAACCCUUUAAAUCUUGGAAAGACAGUUAUUGAAGAAUCAAAAAAUAAACUUAUUGACAAUACUAAAGAUGAAGCAAUUAGUAACUCUAUUGACAUAAACAAAAUUUCUCAUGAAUCAAAUUCAGAUAACAAUGUGGAUAAGAGGCCUCAAAGUGUGAGGCCAUCAUCAUCUAGACCAGGAGCUCCAAGAGUGAAAGAAAAACAUGAUGCUACAUUGAUAGGAACUGAGAAUCCUAUUGCUCAAAAACCAAAUAUCAUAGUCGAAAAUACAGUACCAGAAGAGGAAGAGGAUGGAAGUAUUAUUAUUGUAGAAAAUCAAACAGAUCCAAUACUGCAAAAUGAAGAACAAUUACAGUUAACUUCCAAACAGCAUGGCCAUUUAGUACAACAAAUAUUGGAUUCCCAAAAAGAGUUUUCCCAAAUAUCAGGAAAGACGGAAAUUGAAUGGCAUUUUGGUGCACAAAAAGCAAGGGAUGUGGUAAAUCAAGAAAUUGAACAGAUGCGGUUCAAUGUCCAAGCUUUAUCACGGAUUAGCAACCCAUUGGGGAAGUUAAUUGACCAUAUACAAGAAGAUGUUGAGGUAAUGAGACAGGAACUACAGGAGUGGACGAAAAAAUAUGAAGAAGCAUCUGUAGAAUUAUCUAAACAAAAAAUCACCAAUGAGGAAUCCCUACAACCUCUUCAAGCAAAAAUAAAACAACUAGAUGCGGAUAUAGAAGAGAAGCGAGAUAAAAUUAAUGAUCUCAGAAUUGUAGUAUUUAAGAAUUAUUAUAGAAUUGAAACACUCCUUUCAGCUAAUGGAAAUGUGCAAUAAAAUUACAAUUUGAUGUUCCUUUUUUUCAUUAUAUUAUUACAAGCAAUCUUUAAAGGUUUUUCUUUAUUUCCUUGUCUAAUUCUGUUGAUGUAAACUAUGAGUACAAGGUGUCUAAAAAUUAAAUUUAUAAUUGCUUUUAUUUACUAUACCAAUUUGAGAGGAAUAAAAAUUUGUAACUCAUAGUAAUAAAACUAUAAACACUCUUUAUCCAAGUAAAAACAGUUCGGAAAUCUAUAGAUUGAGACAAAGGGUACUUUUAAACUUUGUUGAUAUCUUAUAUGCAACUGCAAGACAUAAAAGUAUAUUCACAAACAGUGGAAAUAGAAAAAAAAUCUGUGACAUCACAAUUUAUUGAUUAUAAAUAGAACAUAAUUAUUUUAUUAUAAUUUUAUGAAAGUAUGUUGGCUACUACAGCUCAAAAACAGUAUAAUUUUUCAAUUGGAUUCAGAGCUAUUGGUGUCUGGUAGGUAUUUAUUCUUUCUCAGUGAACAGUGAAUAUUUCAAACAACUAAGGUGACAAUUAUAUUUUGAAACAUUGUAAAAAGCUCAAUAAUUCAAUAUUAACUUCAAGAUUAGAAAAGCAAUCGCGAUGAAUACAUUAAAUUAGCUAAUAGUAUGUUUAUUUCUUGUUCCAUUAGACCUCUCAAAUUAUAAAUGAAUAUUAUAUGCCUUGUCUUCAUUACUGUUUACAGAAAUUGCACUUGAUACUAAACAACAAAUUUAUACAAAAACAAUUACAAUUUGGUGAAAAA